GUUCUGUGAUUCUCUCUCUCCCUGGCGAAGACCAAAGCCCAUUUAACAUGUUUAACGCCAUUACAGUGACACUAGCCACUGACCAUCUCCUCCCCCUUCACCUCACCUACCACCGUUCAUCUCACCUACUGCUCCACCCUUCAACUCCUAUCUAACAUUUUACUCAAUAUUUAAUUACAUCAAUCAUGGACUCAGACCACCGGAGAGCUUUUCGUUGAUGUUCUAUAAUUAUAAAUCAACAUCAACGGCGGCCCCAACAAAUGUCAACAAUGGAGCCUUCCCAUACACAUUCCCCUCACAUUGCCGUCAUCCCAUCUGCCGGAAUGGGCCAUCUCACCCCUUUCCUCCGGCUAGCUUCGCUGCUUUUAUCUCGAAACUGUAGUGUCACUCUUCUCACUGCCAAAUCCACCGUCUCUAAUGCAGAAUCUCGUCACAUUUCUUUCUUCCUAGCUACUCACCCUCGAGUCAAGCAUCUUGAAUUCGAUCUCAUUCCUCCUCUUCAGUCCUCCAAUUCUUCUGCCCAAGAUCCUUUCUCUAUUCAAUAUAAUGCUAUUAGUCGUUCUGCCCAUCUUCUUCAUCCUCUGUUGUCUUCCUCGUCUCCGCCUCUCUCUGCCAUCUUCUCUGAUUUGCUGGUAGCUAAAACUGUUGCUUGUAUUUCUGCUGAUCUUCUUAUUCCCUACUACCUAGUUAUCACCUCCUCUGCUAGAUUUCUGUCUUUCAUGCUCUACCUUCCAGCUUUUGUGUCCAAUCCUGAUAAAUUCAGUAGUAACGCUGUUGAAGUAGAGAUUCCAGGCUCGAGUCCAUUGCCUAUAUCAAGUAUUCCUCUACCAUUCCUGAACCCAAAUCAUCUUCUUGCAGAAACUAUAUUAGCAAAUCUCGGAGUUGUCCCAGAAGCCAAAGGAAUUAUGGUCAACACUUUUGACUGGUUCGAAGCUGAAACAAUUGCUGCUCUAAACAAUGGUAUAGUUUUAAGCAAUCUCCCUUCAGUUCUACCUAUCGGACCAUUACAAGCUUAUGAGUUUGACAAGGACCAGAGCCAAUGCCUGCCAUGGCUUGAUGACCAACCAGAAAAAUCCGUAGUUUAUGUGAGCUUCGGAAGCAGGACGGCCAUGUCUAAUGAUCAAAUAAGAGAAUUGGGAUAUGGAUUAGACAAAAGUGGUUGUAGAUUCUUAUGGGUAGUUAAGACAAGCAAAGUUGACAAAGAAGAAAAAGAAAGUUUGGAAGAGCUACUGGGAGAGUCAUUUUUGGAAAGAAUAAAAAACAGGGGCAUGGUGGUGAAGGAGUGGGUGAAUCAGGACAAGAUUCUAGCUCAUCCUGCUAUUGGAGGGUUCAUCAGUCAUUGUGGAUGGAACUCUGUGACUGAAGCAGCUGAACGAGGAAUACCUAUAUUGGCAUGGCCUCUGCAUGGAGAUCAAGGGGUGAAUGCUGAACUUUUGCAGAAGGCAGGGCUGGGAAUAUGGGAGAAGACGUGGGGAAUGGGGAAUGAAAGGUUGGUGAAGCAGGAAAAGAUAGGUAAAAAGAUUGUGGAGCUGAUGGAUGAUGCAGAGCUCAGGAGCAGAGCCAGUAAAGUUGGGAGAGAAGCUAGGAAGGCUACUGAACUUGGAGGAAGCUCUGAUAAGGCUAUCAUGGGAAUCAUUGAAAAUUUAACUUGAAGCAUGUGUAAGCUUUUUACCCUUUCUCUUUUCUUGUAUCAAUUGGUUCUUCCAACUGAGUAAAAAAUUAGCAUUAG